CUGUGUAUAACCUUUGCUGCAGUGGCUAUUUUUGCCCGAUUUCAGAAUGGCACCCAAAUCCAGUUCGAUGACAAUGCUGAGGUGGUUGUGUAUGGUGUGGAGUUUCUCCGACGGCUUGAUAAGUUGCUUCCAGAAUUCGAGAAAAGGCGAGUGGUGAACUACCUCGAAUGGUGUUGGUUCUUCAAGACGAUGCUACGAGAUCUGCCCGAUCCUUUUGCUCUCACAAUCUUCAAGUUCUACAAAACCCUUAAUUUAAUGAACGUGCAAAAAGUGCGGUGGCACGGUUGUGUGACACGGAUAAACAGUCUGAUGCCAAUGGCUACGUCGUCAAUCUACGUUAAGCAUCAUUUUGAUCAUGAAGCUAAGAAGCAGGUUGAGGAGAUGAUUAGCCUCAUUAUGGAAGCGUUUGUCGAUCUGCUCGUAUCCGAAGACUGGCUAACUGAAGAGACGAAAGAGUUUGCAAAGCAGAAGGUGCGUACAAUGAAGCAGAAAAUUGGCUAUCCUGACUAUUUGAACGACUCCAAGUCAGUGGAUCAUGAAUAUAGGUUAUUUAAGGUAUACGACGGUGGCUACUACAAGACCAAAUUCCAGUUCUAUGAGCAAUACCAAAGAGACGUACUGGAACGGAUAGCUCAACCAGUGGAUAGAGAACGGUGA